AUGAGGUUUCUCGCCGUCCUCUGCCUCUUUGCGGCCCUCACUGUGGGCACCCUUGCCUGGACCAAAGAAGACUAUGAGAUCUUUGACCUUGUCAGCGCCCUCGAGACCGCCGAAGGCAAAGGAGUAAACUUCUACUCUCAUCUCUCCAUCCCCUCGUCCGCCACCACUCAGCAAAUUACCAAAGCGUACCGCAAAAAAUCACUCGAACUCCAUCCCGACAAGAACCCCGGCGUCAAAGACAUUGAAGAACGUUUCGCCAGGCUCGGUCUGAUAGCAGCUAUUCUCCGAGGCAAAGAGUCGAGAGAACGAUACAAUUUCUUCUACAAGAACGGAGUUCCACGCUGGAGGGGCACGGGCUACUACUAUGCUCGUUACCGCCCCACUCUCUCUCACACCCUCGUGUUCCUCGUCCUCCUCUCCAACCUGUUUCAUCGACUUGUCCUCCAGCUCAACUUCCAAAAACAUCGGGCCCGUAUCUCUUACUUUGAGACUGCCGCCAAGAGUGCUGCUGGCGUCUUGUCUGGGAGUGGGAAGGGAGGUGUCGAUGCCGGCGCUAUUCAGGGGAGAAGGAGAAAAGUAAAGGUGCCCAUGGUAGAAGGCAACGACUACUCGGGAACCCUCGAGUUGAUUGUUAGCGGAGACCACGUCUAUCUUCCCCAAGACGACGGCCACCUGACCCCUAUCUCAACCCUUGCCCCCUCUCCCUCUUUCUCUCAGACCUGGCUCCCCUCUCUCGCCCUGUCUCUCGCCCGCCGUGCCGUGUCUCACCUUCCUCCUUCCAUCCAAGAGUCGCUUCCGGCGUUCUUGAGGGACGAAGAAGGUGCCGAGGCAGACGAGCUGGAGCUGGAUGACGAAGAAGAUGAAGAGGCAGAAUCCGAGGUCGGGAGAGGGACGCCGACACCCAUGGGCCGUGCCUCUAGGCGGGCGCUCCAGAAGGGUAAGGGCCACACUGGAAAGGGCUCCAAGAACAACACUCCCAAAGAUUCCCCCGCGGGCACGGAGGCUGAGAGCGAUAUUGCUCUUGACAACGAAGCCCCCAAGAAAAAGAAGAAGCCUGGACUGGGCAAGGCUGCUGCCAUGCGACAGAGGAAACUGGCCGCUAAAAAUUAG